UUUAGAGUUUAAGACCUGAAUUUAAGAGGAACAUUUGACCUUGAGAAGUUGAUAAUAAGUAGUAGACAUUAAAAUGUUUCAGUUGACAGCUAUUUGUACAUAGCUACACCUGAAAACUACAAGAUUUUAGAGAAUUCGUUUAUUCUUUCACAGCAUACUGAAAUAAAGGAGACAUUCCGUUAGAAAACAAGAUGGUCCUUAUAAGGAUUACAUAUAUGCAGCAUCUAGUGUACCUAAUCUAUUGCAUAAAGCUUCCCUGUUUGCUUUAAAUCUGUUUAAAUCAUUAAGUUGUCGUUCCAAACCUUUGUCAUCUUUGAAUAAUGGCCACCGUGUCUAAACACAAGAAAGUGAGGAUCAUGAAACAGAAGUUGAAACUUUUUCGAGCCAAUGAACCAUUAAAAAGUGUACUGAUGUGGGGCAUAAAUUAUUCGUUUUCCGCUCUAAAUCAUGUGAAGCAACGUGCACUGUUAUUGAAAGACGAUUUCAAAGCAUAUAUGAAAGUGAAGGUCAAUAACCACCAUUUUAACAAGGAGAAUAUGCCUAGUAGAUUCAAGUUUAAGGAGUACUGCCCAAUGGUGUUCAAGUCAUUGCGAGAUCGAUUUGGAGUUGACAAGAUGGAUUAUUGGGACUCUUUCACCAGACACCAACCAUUGUGGGAUAGUACGCGUGGGAAAUCUGGAUCGAAAUUUCUAGUCACGUAUAACCGACAAUUUGUAGCCAAAACAAUCAGUUCAGAAGAAGUUGAACAAAUGCAUCAAAUGUUAGAAGAAUAUUAUUCUUACAUUGUCAAAGGACACGGCCAAACACUGCUUCCUCAAUUUCUUGGACUUUAUCGACUUACAGUGAAUGAUCAGGAGUCGUAUAUCUUAGUAAUGAGGAAUGUGUUCAGCCCAAGACUUGCGAUUCACAAGAAAUAUGAUUUGAAGGGCUCAGCUGUGGAUCGUGAAGCCAACGAAAAGGAGAAGUCAAAGCCCUUGCCAACUCUGAAAGAUGCAGAUUUUCUAACAGAUUUGUGCAAAAUGCAUAUUGGUGAAGAGUCUAAAAAGAAGAUGUUGAGUACUCUGGAAUGUGAUAUACAAUUCUUACAGGAGAACAAUUUGAUAGACUACAGCCUUCUUAUUGGAGUGCAUAAUCCUGAGAUUGCAUUGGCUAAUUCAAUUGAGGAUGCUGGUGAUGACGGUGAAGGGACUGGUGGUGGUGUGUUGGAGCCUAACAGUCGAGGCUUCGAUGAUAGGAUGGUGUCUGCAGGUGACGGUCUUGGAACACUUAGCUCACAAUGGCAAUGUGGUCGUUUGUCGAUGGCUAGAUCGAGUAUUGUGCUUGGUCUGAGCUCGUCAGCAGCUGCCGAGGCUGCUAGUUGUGGUGUUGGUACUGGGAAUGCGAGCACAGGUGAUGAUGACGAUGAAGAGGAGGACGGGAUCAGUAUACCAGAGAACAAUACACAAGUCCCUACAAGUGAAUUGACCCCACCGGAUAGUCCACCUGGUGCAGAAUGUCUACCUCAAUUAUUCUCAGGUGAAUUGCAUCCUACUUUGGAACACUAUGGAAUCAAAAGUUCAAUUGAUUCUCCUCAUCCACUGAUCUAUUUUGUGGCUAUUAUCGACAUACUAACCCGUUAUGGGAUGCGUAAACGUACAGCGCAAACUUACAAAACAGUGAAACAUGGUGCUGAUGGUGGUUCUGUGAAACCGGAAUUCUACGGUCGUCGUUUAUUGGAAUUUGUUGAACAGUGCAUUGACUGAGCGGAAUGAGAAGUCUUAGUUGACCUCUGUAUGAAUGUACGCAUCGUUCCCUUGCUUUAACUCGAUCUUUCUAUCUAACUAUGUAUGUACGUUGUUUGUUGCAUCGAGUUCCUAUGUGUUUGUAUAUAAUGCGUGCAUAUACAACUAUUCAACUAUGUAAUUGUACACAUAGGGUGUUAAAGCAUGCAUAUACACAUACAUACAUGCAUUUAUAUAUGGACACAAACACGUACACUCUCACAUUCACAUAUAUUAUGGAUAAACAGACGGGCAUGGCCGUGUUACCCAUUGUGGUUCGGGUGUGGAAGAAUUGUGAUCAGAAACCUUGUUUUUUCUUUUGUUUUGCUGCAUUUUUAUUUUAUCGAGUACUUAUUUAUCUUUUGUUGAUUACUUUGUGGACACUUUCAAGUGUUCAGCGUAUGUUUAUUUGACUGACUUUUGAUUGAUUAGAUUGUUUCUUUGAGGAAUACUGACUGUGAUGUUGGGAUAGUUGUUGAAGGUGGACUGAUGUUUGAUGUGAGUGAGAUGAUAUAGUUAAAUGAGAUUGGUGAUUAAUUGUAAGCGGUGUGGUUGUGUUUAUUACAUGAGAAUUUAGUAUGAUGAAAAUGAAUAAUGAAUAGAUUGGUGUUGUUGUAUUAUGUUGAGAUGAGCGGAUUUUAGAUUGAGAGUUAUCGAUGUAAGAAUAUUAGAUGAUAUCACAAUAUUAACUGAUUAUUGAUUUUUUGAUAUUUAAUAAUUUGUCGUAGUUAAUUGUUUGAAUGGUGCUAAUUUCUCGUGAAUUCUUUGUUGUAUUAAUACUUGUAUAAAGAGUAUAAUGAAUGAGGUUCUUC